AUGGAGAAAGAUACCACGGACAAAUCAAAUCAAGAAGAGAACGACGAAGAUUUAAUUGAUGAGAGCGAAAUAGAUGAUGCUCAAUUUGAAGAUCCACCGGACUUUGUCGACAAUUUAACUGAUAGAGACGUCGCAGCAGAAGGCGGUUUUAUCUGCCCAAUUGCCAAUGAUGACCUCAGCAGUUUACUGGUGGUUGACAAUGUACCCGAAGUUGGUCAGGAGAAAUUAGAAAAACUAAAAAAUGUCAUCACACGAAUUUUCGGUCGAUUUGGAAAUGUAACCUCCAAUUACUUUCCUCAAGGUAGCAAUGGCAAAACUAAAGGAUAUAUUUUCCUGGAAUUCGCUACCAAAGAAGAAGCUGUCAGCGCUUGCAGAGCAACCAAUGGUUAUGCACUUGAUAAGCAGCACAUUUUUGCUGUCAAUCUAUUUAAUGAUUUUGAAAAGUAUCGUUCUCCUCCUUCACAGGAAAAAAUCGAGCCUAAUCCAUUUGUUGAAGAGGAGAAUUUACGUUGGUGGUUACAAGAUCCUGACUGUGCUGACCAGUAUGCUAUGCAGUUUGGCCACUACACUGGCAUUUACUGGAAUAGUACUCGCAGUCCUACGCUAAUAAUUGAACGAGAGCACUGGACUGAAUCUGCUGCAGUUAAAUGGACUCCAAAAGGUACUUACCUUGCAACAUGUCACGAUAAGGGGAUCAUUUUAUGGGGUGGUAAAGGAUUCGACAGAAAAAUGAGAUUUACCCAUCGAAAUGUCAAGCAUAUCGAUUUCUCACCAUGCGAAAGAUAUCUUGUUUCAUUCAGUCCAGAAUUUUUGGAGCAAAAGGAAGGCGAUGAUCAAACGCCAAUCAUUAUUUGGGAUGUUCGCACUGGAAAAAAGAAACGUGGAUUUUAUUGUGAACCUGAUGCAAUCCGAUGGCCUGUCUUAAAGUGGAGUCAUGAUGGAAAGUAUUUUGCUCGAAUAACAAAAGCUGGGCAAGAAGAUGCUUGUAUUAGUGUCUAUGAUACAGAGACGUGUGGACUGCUAGAUAAGAAGAGUAUCAAGAUACCAUGUGUAAAGGACUUUUCCUGGUCUCCUGGUGAUCAUGUCUUGGCUUUCUGGGUUCCAGAAGUUAAAGAUAUCCCUGCUCGAGUAACGUUAAUGCAAAUUCCAACGCGAAAUGAAAUUCGAUCGAAAAAUCUCUUUAGUGUCGCUGACUGUAAAAUGUUUUGGCAAAGUAAAGGGGAUUACCUUUGUGUUCAAGUGAGCAGAAUGAAUAAAAACAAGAAGAUUUCAUUCUGCAACUUUGAAAUCUUUCAUGUCAGACAAAAGCUAAUCCCGGUAGAUAAUAUUGAAUUGCGAGAUACCGUUGUCGAUUGUGGAAUCGAACCUGGUGGCUCAAAAUUAGUUGUUAUUCAUGGAGAGGGUGUACGCAGCUCUGCAUCAUUUUACGAAUUGCAUGAUGCUAAAGGACAACUAUCUUGUCUAAAAACCAUAGAAAAAGUACAAGUAAAUACUGUGUCUUGGUCACCUAAUGGCAGAUUUGUGGUUUUGGCCCAAUUACGAACAUCUUCCGAUGGUGUGCUAGAAUUUUAUGAUAGUACCGAUAUAACGCUUAUGGGUACCGGUGAACACUUUAAAGUCACUGAUAUCAAUUGGGAUCCUACAGGAAGAUAUAUUAUUACUGGAGUGAGUAGCUGGGCUGUUAAGAUGGAUGCAGGUUAUACUGCGUGGUCAUUCCAAGGAAAAUGUUUGCGCCAAGAACAAAUAGAUAACUUUGGAAUCAUUUCAUGGCGUCCUCGACCUCCAACUCUUCUCAGCGCCGAGGAAAUUUCACGUAUUAAAAAGGAUUUGAAAAAAUAUCAACGUACCUUCGAUGCCAAAGAUCGUAUGAGUCAAAGUAAAGCGUCAAAGGAACUCGUUGAUAAGAGGCGAAAGCUUGUACAAGAUUACACAACUUAUCGUGAACAAAAGACGAAGGUAUACGAAAGGGAAGCUGUACAACGAAGGUCCCUUCGUUAUGAAGAAGAAGAAAAGAAUACUGAAGAUGAUUAUGUCGAGGAAGUCAUAGAGGUCUUAGUCAAAGAAGAGCUCUUCCCGAUAGAAUAA